GCACUCCCAAGUCUCCCUUCCCCCCAGACUGAGAUAUUCGGGCUUCUCGCAGGAGCUCAUGAAAAAUGGACGAUAUACAGGCAUUGGAAGCCUUCACAAACGUACUCAACCUAUUAACGGAGCAGCCAUAUGACAUUUCCCUACAUCUCCAGCAUAUCCGGAUCGCUAAUAGCCUCGAAGGAAUGGAUACUGAGGCAAAAGCUGCGCUGGAGACCUUCACUACGUUUUAUGCUGCAGGAGAUGAAGUUUGGCUGCCUCUCAUAGACGCAAAGGAAAAAUCGUCGGACAUGAACUCGGCACAAGAUAUGCUAGAAUUACUGGCGUUGUAUGAACGUGCUGAAGGAGACUAUCUCUCCAUACCACUAUUAAAACGACAUCUCGAAUUCAUUGUCAGUCGAUACGAAGCUUACGCAACGGAGAACAAUGAAAAGCCAGAAGAGUUCGGGGAGAUGUUUUCGAUAGAUUGGACGAGACUAAACAUGACUGAUGUUGUUAAAAAGGGCACUGGGCAUCUCACUGAGAGUCAUUUACUCUGGGACCAGUUGCAGGAGUGGGAAUCAGAAUUGCUUGGGUCAGCCUCAGCGGCGGAGAGACCGGCCUUGACCAUGAAUUUGCAAGCCCUUUUGCUCGAUCGACUGAAGCAACCUCAUUCGACUUCCGACAACACCUUCCAAGUGUACUCCACGUUUACCACAAACUAUAAACCUCCGGAACAAUAUGAGUCAUUGAUGGUAGCCGCUUCCAAGAGUCGAUCACAAGCAGUCAAGGGCUUUCAGCGCCGGGAAGCUUUCGAAACUGAGUUGAAAAACUCCGGUUACUCGUUGGAAGCGUACUCCCGCUACGCAUUCCACGAACGUCGUGCCAAGAACGUGGAUCUACUCCUCAUGAGUACUUUAUACGAGCGCGCCAUUGCUGAGGGUGCAAAACGUCGUUUCCACGAGGAAGCAGGCGCAGAGUCCGCACUGAGAUCAUUUUGGUGCGGGUAUCUAGACACGUUGAGAGUUAAUAACGCGGAUGGGACGACGCAGCUUAACGUCGUCAGGCGAGCGACAAGAAGUGUUCCAGGUUGCGGUGAAGUCUGGGCUAGGUACAUCCGCUUUUUGGAGAGCGUAGAUACACAAAGUCUUGAUCUGGGCAACGACAAUGUACCGGAUAUCUAUGCGAAGGCGCUCAGCCUCAAUCUCCUCCAGUCAGACAUUGAACAAGUCAUCCCAGUUGUCCUUGCUCGCGCUGGAUAUGAAAAACGACGUAUCGAGGGAGGAACUUCGGACGACGAAACUCUAACCACUUUGAUCAAUGUUUUGGAGACUGGAAUCGAUAUAAUUCGAACAGCAUCCAGCGCUGGCGACUCUCGCUUACGAUUGGAGAAAUAUCUCUCGGAAAUUUAUCGAAUAUCAGAGUCAACGGAGAACGCGCUAGAGGUUUGGCAAAAAGCGACUGCAUUCUCCAAGAGCAGUUACCUUGCAUGGACUGCGUACACCGACGUUUUGAUCAAAGCGGAGCUCCAUGAUGAAGCACGACGGAUCUUCAGCGAUAUAUCGAUGAAAAAUCUGGACUGGCCGGAAGCUAUCUGGGAAGCUUGGGUGUCAUUUGAACAUUUACAUGGGAGCGUCGAGCAAAUACAAUCGUGCAUGGAUAAAGUUGAGAAGGCCCAGUACCAAGUCCAUAUAAGGCGUGCAAAAGAAGCGGAGAAAGCCUCAAUGCAAGCGAUGCAGAUGGCUGCAGAGCAACAAGCAUCCACCGUUUCUGUGGCGGAUGUUCCGGUGCCGGACGUGGCCGAAGACGCGAUGGAUGUAGAUGCCAAUAAUGCUGAACGUGGCACCAAACGGCCAGCUGAAGACGCCUUGACGGCAGAUAGUCAAAAACGCCUACGCAAAGAUAAUCCUGCCCCGUUGAAGAGAGAUCGCGAAAACUCGACCGUGUUUGUCUCCGAACUUCCCAACGACGUCACAGAUGAAGACCUGAUUAAUCUGUUCAAAGACUGCGGCAAAAUCAGAGAGACCAAAAUUACUCAAUUACCCAAUUCGACUGUUGCGACUGUGGAGCUCCUUGAUCGGGAUGCUGUGCCCGCUGCUUUGACCAAGGAUAAAAAGCGAAUACGAGGCAACGAGGUUGCAGUUCACCUCGCGUGGCAAUCGACUCUGUACAUCACUAAUUUCCCCGAAUCCGCUGAUGAUCCAUGUAUCAGAAAUCUCUUUGGCAAGUACGGUACCAUUUUCGACGUCCGAUGGCCCAGCAAGAAAUUCAAGAACACAAGGCGCUUCUGUUACUUGCAGUACACAUCACCAACAUCGGCACAAAGCGCCUUAGAGUUACAUGAACACGAGCUGGAACCCGGACUUCGGAUGAAAGUCUUCAUCUCCAAUCCUGAACGCAAGAAGGAGCGAACGGAUCAUGACGCGAACGAGAGGGAAAUACACGUAGCGGGGCUGAACAGGUCUACGACAAAACAAGAUCUACAGAGGUUUUUCCGACAGUACGGUUCUGUUAAAGAAGUGAGAUUGGCAACAGACGCCAAGAACCAGUCGAAGGGCUUCGCCUUUAUAGAGUUUGAGGAAACGCGUGAUGCACAACAAGCUCUCGAGGCGAAUAAUCAAGACUUGAAAAAUCGCCGAAUCGCUGUGACUCUUGCCGAUCCGCGGGUUAAAGGGAGGAACGCAAAAUUUGACAAAGAUACAGGCCUAGGGAAAAAGGCGGAAGCCAAAAAUAGAUCUGUUCGAAUCCGGAAUCUACCAUCGUCAACCCAGGAGGGUCUUUUACAACAAGCAAUCGAGAAAGUUGCCCCAGUCAAACGACUGGAAGUAUUCGCGGACAAGAAUGAAGCCUUGGUUGAGCUUGAAAGCAUUGCUGAUGCAGGAAAGCUCUUGUUACGGGCAGAACCUUUAGUGUUCAAUGGGAACACAUUGUCACUGUCUGAGGAAGCCACCUCUGAGCAAGCUCAAUCGUCCAAUACCUUCGUUCCGAGAUCCGCGGUCUCCAGACCAAAGGCUGGUUUAGGCCAUAAGCGAAGGAUGCCUGUGGCGAUUUCUCGAGGUACACAGUCGCAGUCGGACAUGCAACCCACUUCGAAUCCUGCAUCAGGAGGAGGAACUGGUAAAGGACAGGAUGACUUUCGGAAAAUCCUUGAAGGAAAGUAAGAUAAACUGCUGGGUGUCUGGUGCUAUGUAGCUCUCUCUAUUGUUGAGAAGAAAUUUGUUAAAAGCAAAUAACUUCAUAUUCUUGACCUUUCGGAAUAACGAUAAGAUCUGGACUCCGG